AUGGAAUCUGAGGGAGAUGAAGACACCCAUCAACCCCCAAAAUGGAGUAGACCUACAAAACAAGCUCAAUUUUCUUCAACUUCAGAGAAAGAUUCCUUCUUGACAAUUCCUGUUCUUCCAGAAGAACUCAUCACUGAAAUCCUCUUAAGGCUUCCAGUGGAACCCCUUUUGAAAUUCAGGUCUGUUUCGAAGUCUUGGCUGAUCUCUAGCCCUGAAUUUGUCAAGAGCCAUCUUAGUGUAUCUGCUAAUAACAAAGAUUACACUCACCACAGGGUGAUGCGUAGUUUUAGAGGUACAUUAGAUCUUAAAGAUUAUACUCUUAGUUCUUUAUUUUCUGAGUCUGUUACGGAGGUAUUUGACUUGAAUUAUCGCAUGAUAUCUGAUGGAUUGUAUAACGAAUGGCCUCACUCUGUGAUGAUUCUAGGUUCCGUAAAUGGAUUGAUUUGUCUUGUGGGUGAGAGAUAUGAUUUGUUUCUAUGGAAUCCAUCAAAUAGAAAGUACAAGAAAUUGCCUGAUCCUACAUCUACAAUGUGGUUUGAACAAGGGCGAAUUUAUGGUUUUGGAUAUGAUGAGUUUCAUGAUGACUAUAAGCUAGUGGAUGGCUUUUGUAGUGAUGACAAAUCCGGUCUAGGUGGGCUCAAAAUAUAUAGUUUAAAUAGUGAUUCUUGGGGAAGUGUUGAUGAUCGUCAAAGUAAGUUUGUGAAGGGGAAACUUCACUGGCCUACAGCUACUGUUGAUCAUCUAAUUAUUAACUACAAGGAUUGGAAUAUCAUUUCUUUUGAUUUGGCUAAUGAGAAAUGGGGAGAAGUGGAGCAUCCUUGCUAUAGAGAGGGAGAUAUUGCUUUGAUCCUGGGAGUGUUAGGAAGUGAUCUUUCUGUUUUUUGUGAUUAUAGUAGCUCUCAUGUAGAUGUUUGGGUCAUGAAAGAGUAUGGGGUUAAAGAAUCUUGGACAAAAAUGUUUACCAUCAAUUAUCCUGAUCAUCUAGUUGGGUAUGGUCAUGCACUUUCUUGGCCUUCUUUCAUUUCAAAUAAAGGUGAAAUUUUGGUCGUGUUUAUUUCAGCUUCUGUGAUAUGCAACCCGAAGGAUGCUUCAUUAAGAUAUUCAAAGGCUAUCAACUUUUAUGACUAUCCUAAGAUAUGGUGUUACGGAUGCAACAAAAGACAAAAGGCUGAAAAAGCUCAGAUCAAGAAAACCGAUUUUGAUUUUGUCCUUGCUCCUACAGUCGUAGUUACUAGCUGUGUUUUUCUUCAGGUCUUACGGUCUACCUACUAUCUAUAUUUUUCUUCUGGACUAAUUUUGGUGCUCUUGACCAAGUCUAUUUUGCCUCUAGAUGGAGUAAUCAUAAAGAGGACCAGGGACAUGGAAAUAAUGGCAGCAGAAUGUGCCUAA